UUCAGAAGGAAUGCGUCCAUCACCUUUGUUUUCCCUCUUGACAUCGACUCUACAAUUACUUUUUCCGCCCACGUAGGCUGGGACCAAGUCCAUCGCCAUACAUACUAAUCGGUGUGCAAAUCAAACACGUAUUAUGUAGCAACCACAUCGGCUGCGCGGAGAAACCUCUCCGAAUCCUACACAGACACUAUACCAAUAGCAGUUCCCGAUUCUUUAUGCCGAUACCACAAGCGUCUCAGCCUAUUCCCAUAUAUGUCCCUCAGGCUCACACAUCACAAAGCAAGGGUUUGCACAGUCACAGUUAUACUAACAGCAAGGCAGAAAAAACCCCCGCCAUAAUCAGGCAACAACGUGGGCCUCCAUUUCGGUCUCUUACUAAAAAAGAACCCCUGUUUUAUAUGCAAGGCCACCUGCGGCUCUGUACGGUUUCCAUAACCCCCCUGCAUCUCCCAAUCACACUUCCAUCACCAACCCACCUAUGCGCAUUUUGGGGGCCAAAAUAGAGGUACGUAAGACGAUGCACACUGGU